AUGCUGGGAGAGCGCUGCCUGUUCCGACUGCUAUGCCGCCUCCACCUGGCCUGGCGACUGUCACGGACGAGGCCAAAGCCAAGCGAUCCUGUACCGUGCGAUCCAAGUUUCAACUUCUUCGGCCUCCCUCCUGAGCUACGGAAUCUCAUCUACGAGUUCAUGCUGGCAGACUGUCCGAGGGAGUACUGGUUGGACAGCGACCAACCCUACCUUAUUGUGCCCCCAAUCCUACAAUGCAAUCAUCAGAUCUCGCGCGAGGCGGCUGGAUACUACUGGAGAUCAGGACGAUUCGACUUUGUCGUCAAGUUCGACGAGAUGGCGAAAUUUGCGCAGCUGUCGAACUUCAUUGGCCGUGAUGCGACGAAAUUUCUCUUCGCCAAAAGUGAUGUCUAUAUACACCUCCUCUUGCCUCGAGACAAUGCCAACUAUCAAGACUUCAAGAAGCACGCCGUUCUGGGCUGUCUGUUCGGCUGUGGGUUCGGCUCAACAGACGCCACCCGGAAAUGGCAUUUCGUUUUCCAAGAAGUCGAUGUGACGAAUCUGGCUCAGUACGUUAUCACGGAGUCGUCGUCAGGCUGGCGAGGAUCAAAGGCCAUAGCCGCACGGUACAAAGCGUUUCCUGCCGAGUAUCUUCCGCUCGCAACCCAGGUGUAUAAGCAGCUGGAAAAUCAGUUGACCAAGGUUGGGAAGGAAGUCAUGGAACAUAUCUCUACAGCUACUGGAGAGGGUCACCUCAGUCCACUACUCCUUUCGUCCAGUUAUUGA